CUGGGGCCUAUACAUUGAGGCCGAAACCUGGCGGGCAGAGGACAACGCCGCUACUCAGAAUGGCUUCCACAAGAAGGCCCUUUGGCCCUCCACAUGGUGCUUUUGACUUCAGGGAUAUGUUCUUUGAUAGCUCGAAGAUGGAAGAGAUCAGAAACGUACAAGCCCGAAGUCUUGGCCAAAUGGCACCCGGGCAGAGCAGAAUCCUAAAGAGAAACCAAACGAUGGACGAGAAAUAUUUGUUGCCCAAAGAGGAGGCCUUGGCAGGGACGGGGGUGAGGCUGAGCUUGAGGCCCCCCACCAUCUCUUCCAAGAGCAGGGCCAGUGAGGCCCUGAGGAAACUGGCCCAGAUUGAGACCAAGAUCCUGAAGCGGAGGCAGGUACCCACAGCUUGGUCCGGCAUGGAAUCUGACUCCACAGCCAGUGAGCGGAGUCUUCCUCAGAGGACAGAUACAACCUCUGUUUCUUCCCAGUAUCCACUCAGAACUUUCCAGAAACAAGUGUGCAAAACAUCUGUGGUAGGAGAUGAUGGGCAGAGCGGAAAAGGUAGCAGGUUUCUGAAGAAGAAGGAGCUGCCUGCUGAAGCCAGGUCCCCAGUGCUGGCAGCAGAGACAGAGAAGCAAGUCCUGCUGCCCACUCAGAGAGAACCUGCCAGAAAGUAUGAUGCCCCUGACAGUGACGAAGAGGAAAUGAAAGUGUUGCUUGGAAGCUUGAUGGAAUCUUCUGGAGAAAAAGAAAGAAAUGGAAACCAGGAGCUCCCUGGCACCAGGAGCGACCUUGGAAAGGUGUUCUUGGAUCUGACUCCAGAUCAGCCGGGAGUCCUGUGUCUGCUCAGUGCGGACCAGUCCAGCUUAAAGUCGACUAGUGUUAGCUUGAGAGCUCAGUCCCUGCAGACCCGCAGCGGAGGGGACCCAGCGUCCCUUACGACCUCACCUUCCAUCCUCCGUGAUGACUUCUCCAGAUCGGCAUCUUCAAAGAGGGAAUGCAUCAAGCUGGCUUCCUCCCCCAGCAGGAUGGAGACAGAGUCUUCCGAGGAGCCAGUCUCAGAAGCUGCUGCUGACAGCCUCCAUGAUUUUAGGAUCAAUAUUUUGUCCAUUGAUGAUCUGGUUCUGGCUGACGGAUACAAAUCAGAUGGGGAACAGAAAGGUGUGACCACUGUGGUUGAGGAUGAAGAGGAUCUUACCACUGAGCAUGAGAUCUCAGAGCACCCGGGUGCCAGUUCUACAGCAGCUGUCUGGUCUCACAGUAUGUCCAGUGCACGCUCCAUGGAGACACCCACUGCACUCUCUGUAAGCCCAGUUUACUCGGAAGAUUUUGAGCAGUUCUCUGGUCCCUUGGCCUUAGAGGAAUCACUUGACAGGACUCUGGACACUUUGUCAAAGUUUUCAUCUGGUGAACAGACAGAUACUGUUUCCAGACAACCUCUGUCAAGGACAGAAUGGGGCAGAGGUGUGACCAGAGUCGUGAAGGAGACAGCUGUGCAGACGCUUGACCCUGCCUUUGCCUACCAGUGGACCAAGGCUGGUGGCAUGGCAGCCAUUGGACCUACUCUUGGAGGUGGUUAUGUGGACCCAGUACCCAUCGCCAGUCACAUUAUCAGCGCAGACGCUAUAGAAGCCCUGACAGCCUACAGCCCUGCAGUGCUGGCGUUGAACGACAUGCUGAAGCAGCAGCUGAGCCUGACGCAGCAGUUCAUCGAGGCCAGCCACCACCUGCACCACUCCCUCCUGCGGUCCCUGGAUGAGGACUCAUUUCACUACCACACCUUGGAGGAAGCAAAAGAGUACAUUAGGUGCCACAGGCCUGCACCCCUGACCAUGGAGGCUGCCCUGCAGGAGGUGAGGAAGGAGCUUGAAGUCCACCUCGACAUCAAUGACAGCCAUGUGGAGGCAAGCAAGGCUGCAGCUCUCCCCGCUGAGCCCAUAGACGGACUCUAAGCUCCCAUCUGCCCAGCUGGCUGCUGAGGACACAGCCGUGGACCCACCACAGGGCAGUGGUGCAGGAUGGGGCCAGCCAUGAGCCAGUGUGACAGACAGACAGCAUGUGCCAGGCAUAUCAGUCAUCCAGGACGGGACCAGCUGCCCCAUGAGAACACGCCAUGCAGGGGCUGAGCACCCUGGGGCACCUCACCCACAGCUGGAGGAAAUCUUUUACAAAAGGCUUUAUUGGAAGGCAAAACAGUAAAAUCCACAAUCAAUUGUUAACAGCACAGGUGUAUCUGCUUGUUUAUCCUGAGUCAGACACAUCUGAACAUCAUAGCUAUGAGAAAUCUAAAACAAAAAUCAAGUGUCUUAAAUGGUACUGAAAA